AUGGCUGCCUCACAACCACCACAAAACUACCGCACAACCACAAAACUACCGUACAACCACCGCACAACCAGCACCGCACAACCAGCACCGCACAACCAGCACCGCACAACCACCACCGCACAACCACCACCGCACAACCACCACCGCACAACCACCACCGCAAAACCACCACCGCAAAACCACCACCGCAAAACCACCACCGCAAAACUACCACCGCACAACCACCACCGCAAAACUACCACCGCACAACCACCACCGCAAAACUACCACCGCACAACCACCACCGCAAAACUACCACCGCACAACCACCACCGCACAACCACCACCGCACAACCACCACCGCAAAACCACCGCAAAACUACCGCAAAACCACCGCACAACCACCGCACAACCACCGCAAAACUACCACCGCAAAACCACCACCGCACAACCACCACCGCACAACCACCACCGCAAAACCACCACCGCAAAACCACCACCGCACAACCACCACCGCACAACCACCACUGCACAACCACCACUGCACAACCACCACUGCACAACCACCACCGCACAACCACCACCGCACAACCACCACCGCACAACCACCACCGCACAACCACCACCGCACAACCACCACCGCACAACCACCACCGCACAACCUCCACCGCACAACCUCCACCGCACAACCCCCACCGCACAACCACCACCGCACAACCACCACCGCACAACCACCACCGCACAACCACCACCGCACAACCACUACCGCACAACCACCACCGCAAAACCACCACCGCACAACCACCACCGCACAACCACCACCGCAAAACUACCACCGCAAAACUACUGCACAGCGACCGCAAAACUACCACCGCAAAACUACCGCACAACCACCGCAAAACUACCGCCCAACCACCGCAAAACUACCGCCCAACCACCGCAAAACUACCGCCCAACCACCGCAAAACUACCGCCCAACCACCGCAAAACUACCGCCCAACCACCGCAAAACUACCGCCCAACCACCGCAAAACUACCGCCCAACCACCGCAAAACUACCGCCCAACCACCGCAAAACUACCGCCGCAAAACCACCACCGCAAAACCACCACCGCACAACCACCACCGCACAACCACCACCGCACAACCACCACCGCACAACCACCACCGCACAACCACCACCGCAAAACCACUACCGCACAACCACCACCGCAAAACUACCACCGCACAACCACCACCGCACAACCACCACCGCACAACUACCACCGCAAAACUACUGCACAGCGACCGCAAAACUACCACCGCAAAACUACCGCACAACCACCACCGCAAAACUACCGCACAACCACCGCAAAACUACCGCACAACCACCGCAAAACUACCGCAAAACCACCGCAAAACUACCGCCCAACCACCGCAAAACUACCGCCCAACCACCGCAAAACCACCGCAAAACUACCGCCGCAAAACCACCGCCGCAAAACCACCACCGCAAAACCACCACCGCAAAACCACCACCGCACAACCACCACCGCACAACCACCACCGCACAACCACCACCGCACAGCCACCACCGCACAGCCACCACCGCACAGCCACCACCGCACAGCCACCACCGCACAGCCACCACCGCACAACCACCACCGCACAACCACCACCGCAAAACCACCACCUUCUACUCGUCAGUCAGCAUAG